UACUUUUCCAGGCCCUAGCUACCUUAAGCAUUGAGCGACAAUGGACAGCGACGACGAGAGAGACCCCGUGUUUGCGAUCAGCGACGACCUCGUCGCCGUUCCGAGUUACAAGGCUGCGGCAACAUCGGCAUUAGACUUUGGUGGUCUUCUCACCAAACCAUUGACGCUACAUGAGGACUUGAAAGAAGGCUGCGGCGGCCAACUGUGGCCUGCUGGCAUGGUCCUAGGGACUUACCUACUAAGGCUUCACAGGGAAAAGCUCCGGGGAAAGACAAUCGUUGAAUUAGGAGCUGGCGGCGGCUUAGUUGGACUGGCCGUUGCCCUUGGUUGUCCACUCGAUCAUCCGUUAUACAUCACCGACCAAGCGCCUCUACUGUCAUUGAUGGAGAAAAAUAUCGCGCUGAACAACUUGGAAGGACGCGUUAAGCCGGCAAUACUCGACUGGGGAUGUCCUGUGCCUCCAGAAGUCCCGGCUCAGCCGGAUAUUAUACUGGCGGCGGAUUGCGUGUACUUCGAGCCUGCAUUUCCGCUUCUUCAGAAGACCUUGGUUGAUAUGAUUGGGGAUAAUACUGUCGUUUAUUUCUGCUUUAAGCGGAGACGAAGAGCCGACGUGCAGUUCAUGAAAGUAGCCAAGAAGCUCUUCAAAGUUGAGACGAUAGGAGAUGACCCGGAUGCAGAAACAUACCGCCGUGAAAACAUCCAGCUUUGUACAUUGAGGAAGAAACAAGCACACGUGCAAUGAGGCUGCCUAGCCUACACCGACUUUCUCGGUCUUUCAUUAAAGCGAGAUGAGGCUUAUCCAGACGAGCAGCCCAUUUCAAGGCAACAGCGCACGGGAGCCUAGACAAGACCACCUCGUGAGCGACUCCAUUGACACUGAAUGGUAGCAGACAUUAGGCGCCGUGGCGUCCACACUCAAACGUCACCCUAUUGGUUCCACCUGACAAUCUCGCCGUAAGUUCACCUCCCUUUUAUGACAUCUGCAUUCAGGCUCGGAACGAACUUCAUCAAGCAUAUCUAUAUAUUAGCUCUAUUAUUGAGUUCUGAAAGCCCCCGCGGGCGAGAUCCUUGCAGACUAAGGAGGUUUCUUUACAAUUACCCAACAUAUAUCAUGUAGAAAGUAUGAAUAAAUGCUCAUUG